GCUCCCCUGGUGAACCGGCAUCGGCUCGCGGACGCGAAACCGAAGCUGGAGGGCGUGUUCAUGGCGACACGGAGCGCUUGGGAGCCGGCUGCUCGCGCUGAUCCCGGCCCGGGGUGCCCAGCCACUGGCGUCCCGGUUGGGCUGCGGUGUGUGAGGAUGGCUCACCCUACUUCCUGGGCGGCGCGGGGAGCACCGACGCCUAAAGAGGGCACCUGCCGGGAAGGAAACCGGCCGUGCUGACGCACGUGGGAGGAGUGCAGGUCGUCUCGAGGCUCGCUCCGCCGGCCGCCGGUGCUCCACGGCGCUGCCCAUGGCCAAGCCCGAGAGCCGACUUCGGGCGCCAGACCUGCUGGAAGGUGGCGCGGCUCAGUAAUCGGAAGCCUGCGACACCCAUGUGUCACUGAUCUGGAGGCAUCCCUCGCGGCAGCGCUUCAUGACCCAGCGGCGCCCCGCCCAGUGAAGCCACCGUGGUGUCCAGCAUGGCCGCGCUGCUCCUGGGCGCGGUGAUGCUGGUGGUCCAGCUCCAGCUAGUGCCUUCCCGCCCCGCUGUGCCCGGGGCCGAGCUGGGCCAGCCGCAGCUUGUGAGGAAAGCGGCGACCUUGCACAACGAGAUCCGGGAAGGCGCGGCCCCCAACGGCUCCGCCCAGCAGCUGCCGCAGACCAUUAUCAUCGGUGUGCGCAAGGGCGGCACACGCGCGCUACUGGAGAUGCUCAGCCUGCAUCCCGACGUGGCGGCCGCAGAGAACGAGGUGCACUUCUUCGAUUGGGAGGAGCAUUACAGCCAAGGCCUGGGCUGGUACCUCAGCCAGAUGCCCUUCUCCUCCCCGCACCAGCUCACAGUGGAAAAGACCCCCGCGUACUUCACGUCGCCCAAAGUGCCUGAGCGGGUCCACAGCAUGAACCCGUCCAUCCGGCUGCUGCUCAUCCUGCGGGACCCGUCAGAGCGCGUGCUGUCCGACUACACCCAAGUGUUCUACAACCACAUGCAGAAGCACAAGCCCUACCCGUCCAUCGAGGAGUUCCUGGUGCGUGAUGGCCGGCUCAACGUGGACUACAAGGCUCUCAACCGCAGCCUGUAUCACGUGCACAUGCAGAACUGGCUUCGCUUCUUCUCGCUGCGCCGCAUCCACAUCGUGGACGGCGACCGCCUCAUCAGGGACCCCUUCCCCGAGAUCCAAAAGGUCGAGAGGUUCCUGAGGCUGUCGCCGCAGAUCAAUGCCUCGAACUUCUACUUUAACAAAACCAAGGGCUUUUACUGCCUGCGGGACAGCGGCCGGGACCGCUGCUUACACGAGUCCAAAGGCCGGGCACACCCGCAAGUCGACCCCAAGCUCCUCAAUAAACUGCAUGAAUAUUUUCACGAGCCAAAUAAGAAAUUCUUCGAGCUUGUCGGCAGAACAUUUGACUGGCACUGAUUUGCGAUAAGCUAGGCUCGGAACCUUUCCUAUUGUAAGUUCUAGUGUACAUCUAGGGGGGAAAGAGAAUUUUAAAAGGGCAUUUAAGCUAUAAUUUAUUUGUAAAAUCCAUAAAUUACUUCUGUACAGUAUUAGAUUCACAAUUGCCAUAUAUACUAGUUAUAUUUUUCUACUUGUUAAAUUGAGGGCAUUUUGUAUUGUUUUUCAUGGUUGUUAACAUGUGUAAUAUGUCUCUAUAUGAAGGAACUAAAAUAUUUCACUGCAAAAAAAAAAAAAAUCUGGAGACGCUGUCUUUUUUGAAUGUAAUUAACUUGCCCCCAACUCAAGAUAGC